AAGUUGGCGGUAGCCAAUAGGAUCCAAUCUCGGUUAGAGUUAAUGUUACUGAGUCUGAUAGCUACGAGGUUGCGUAUUCCUAUUGCUCCCGCUCACAGCCAUUGCAGUACAUUAAGCUCCAUAGACUUUACAUUGGAAUAUUCAAAAUGGGUAAAGGCGAUCCAAAGAAACCAAGGGGAAAAAUGUCCUCUUAUGCUUACUUUGUGCAGACGUGUAGGGAGGAGCACAAGAAGAAGCAUCCCGAUGCAUCAGUGAACUUUGCUGAAUUCUCAAAGAAAUGUUCAGAACGAUGGAAGACCAUGUCUGCCAAAGAGAAGGUGAAGUUUGAGGACAUGGCAAAGGCUGAUAAGACGCGUUAUGAAAGAGAAAUGAAAAAUUACGUACCGGCAAAAGGGGAAUCCAAAAAGAGGAAGAAGGACCCUAAUGCACCAAAGAGACCUCCGUCUGCUUUCUUUUUGUUCUGCUCUGAACAUCGUCCUAAGAUUAAAUCUGAGCAUCCAGGGUUUUCUAUUGGUGAUGUGGCCAAGAAGUUGGGUGAAAUGUGGAAUAACACUGCAGCUGAAGAUAAACAACCCUUUGAAAAGAAAGCUGCAAAACUGAAGGAAAAGUACGAAAAGGAUGUUGCUGCAUACCGGUCAAAAGGUGGUAAAGGUGAUGCCCCCAGUAAGAAGGCACCAGCGAAGGCAGAGAAGACCAAAAAGAAGGAGGAGGAGGAGGAAGAAGACGAGGAUGAAGAGGAGGAGGAGGAAGAGGAAGAGGAGGAGGAAGAAGAGGAAGAGGAGGAGGAUGAAUAAAUAUCCCAAUACAAACAUUUCUUAAGCAUUUAACCCCACCCUUCCUUGUACACAGUUCACUCCUUUUUAAAUAAUAAAAUCUAAAAUAGUAAGGCUGUGUAUAAAAAGAUUUGUUUUUAAAUUGCACAGUACUUUUUUGUGUAUAGUUAAUGCACUAAGUAAGUGUCUGGAUACAAAGUCCUCUUGUUUUUUUUUUAGUGGUGCUUCAGUUACCACUGACCUUGCCUUGUACAGUAAGGGGGUUGUAAAUUGAUAACGGAAUUUAGCAGGUUCUUUGUGCACAGCACAGAUUAGUUUUAUGUGGGGCCAUAGGCUUCAUGUCUUUGGUUGUCUUGUUUGAUUCAUUGUAUGAAAUAAUUGUUUUGUUAACUGAUAUACCACUCUUGCAAAUGCAGAAUAAGAAGGUUGCAGCUGUUUUUGUUGACAUUCUGAAUGCUUAUGAAGUAAAUACAAUUUUUUUAAUAA